AUGUAUGUUGUUGACCAGCACUGCCUAGUAGUGCCGACAGCAAUGACCGCGGGCGAUCAGCUAUCCCCAUUUGAAGAUGAGGUCUCUUCAAAUUCCGAAUUUCUCGUCCACGGUCAGCAACCGGCGAAAUUUAGCUCUAUCCCCGUCCUGCCGGAUCUCAUCGAGCUCAAGUCAUCCUCCGUCAACAACAGCAUCCAGGCUCCACCGAGCGCCCCCGCUCAUGCAAAUUUAUCCCACCUCCUUGAAUACCAUUUCAAUCGCCUACGCAAUCGCCUGAUAUCCGACCUUCGUUUCCAGUUGGAGCGCUUACAAUCUGGGAAUUCUGGGAAUGCACGUGUAGAUCGGAUCGAUAAUGAGGAUGGCGGCGACUGGGAAGACACCACCGACAAUGAAGAUGAAGACGAGGACAGCGUGGGUGAGAGCAGCGAGGAUGAAUAUUACAACAACAACCGUCUCUGCUUUGUGGUAUCCAACGGCAAAAUUAUAACCCUGAAGAGCGCCUGUACCAAAGAACAGAGAUCGGAACAGCACCAGUGUCUCGACCCGACCACUCCUGCAUGGAAGUUGGUCCCUAUUUUGGAGUCCUUACAGAAGAGAGAGCAUUUGCCUUUCCCCGAGGAAUUGAUACAGUGCACCCUAGAACCCCCAGCCCCGGAGAUACCCCCAGGGCUAGGAUUGCUGGUUGAGUCGCUGACGCUGAAUAACCUCGAAAAUGUGUAUCGUACUCUGGAGCUGCCACCCGCGUUUACCAACGCCAGGAUAGGAACGCGAUCAGAAGGAAUCGCGGCGUGUCUCCCCGCAUUUACGAAGCGGGUCACCCUGUACAAGCAGAGACCUAGAACCGAUGCAUUCCCAGUGGGCGAAAUUAUUAUCGAGUCAUUGCGACGGUUUUCGGACGGACGAAUUUUGGUCGUCUCGGCGUCCAAGAACAAGGUCAACCGCAUGCGCACUACCCUUUGGCAGAUGGGUAUAUCUAUGAACACUGUUCAUACCUUACCACACGGUCCCGGAUGCACCAGCAGGUCUCGGGAUCUACCAACGUUAAGUGCUAGGGCGGAUCAGCAAGCAUCAGGCAUCUCUAGUGCACGCAUUUAUCUUUGUGCUGCCAACGAUAUCCCAGCAUCCGUGGCUGAACUUUCCCGGGUACGGGCCGAAACGAUCAUUGUUUAUGGAGCAGAUCGGAUAGAUGAAGCCUUUCUUCUGACAAUAUUGCCCAACACAUCCACCAGGCUCGUCCUUUUCGGAGAGGCGGAAUUUGUGGAUCGGUUCUGGCGGCCGGAGAUGGUUGGCUACGUCCAGAAUUCAACCGAUAUGAGCUUGUGGGGAAGAUUAGUGACCGGGGGGCUCCCGUGUGUCACGGUGCCCACUACAGUCCUUGAGGGCCCUAGCAAGCGUGGACAACAGACUAAUGAGCCUUCUCCCUUUUCUCCCAAAUUCCAAAGUUUCAAAUUUGGUGUUCCCUUCUCGUUGGUGGACAAAAACACUAAUGGGGGCACUGGAGAUGGCAAUGUCCCUAACUUGGAGAGCAUUGACGCGUGGCGGACUUUAGAUCAAAUGGUAGGCUUGGAAGAUAUCAAGGUGCAGGUUCGUUUGUUGCACCACCGAGCAAUGGACAAUCUUUCGCGCAGAGAAAAGGGCCAGCCUACACGAUCUAUUCCCCCAACAGGUGUUCUUUUAGGUCCGCCUGGCACCGGAAAGAGCACGGUUGCUCGUCUCUACGCAGACAUACUGCAUCGUCUGGGAUUUGUGAAGAAACGCACUGUGAAGGAAGUCAAGGCUUCCCAGUUGGUCGAAUCCGUUGAUCCCUUGUCUGAGCUUGAUAAAGCAAAAGGCAGAGUCGUGAUCAUUGACGACGCCCAGGGGCUCUGGGGUGGAUCGGAAACAGGCACAUAUAGUGAACACAGAGCGGCUAUAAACGCCCUUGUGGCGUGCGUUCCAAAUGAAGACACGCCUGACCGGAUUAUAUUGCUUGUAGGAUACGAGGACGAGAUGGUGGAAAUGCUCCGACAUGUCAACCCAGGUCUUGCUAGAAGGUUCCCUCUAGCCUCUGCGUUUCGGUUUCCCGGUUUCUCGAUAUCCCAGUUGGAGCAACUCUUGGAGAAGAGACUGCAGGUAACCUCUAUCCCUUACUCGCCACAUGCAAGGUCCGCUGCGCUGGCGGUCCUGCGCCAUGCUAUGAUGUCGCCUCAAUUCGGCAAUGCCAGCGAGGUAGAUACACUUCUACACAAGGCCCUCUUUUCUCUAGAUAAGCGAUGUAUGGACGAUCCACAAUCAGCCACUCUUGUACUCGAACCAGAGGACUUUUCAACAGACUGGAACCGCGUUUCAGAUGCUGAGGCAGUCUGCGAGAGGUUGUUCCAAGACAUGGUCGGCUGUGAGUCGGUUAUUUCCGAAUUACUCGAAGAUACGAGGGUUGCCAGGAAGGCUGCCGCGCGGAACCUUGAUCCGCAUGAUUAUAUUUCUUUCAAUUACGUCUUCAAGGGACCUCCAGGGACGGGUAAGACAACAACCGCUCGAAAGAUGGGACAGGUGUUCUAUUCCAUGGGUCUGCUUGCCAGCGCUGAAGUCAUAGAAUGUUCUGUGAGCAACCUGAUCGGGGAAUACAUCGGCCACACUGGCCCUAAAAUCCUAAAUCUAUUCAACAAGGCCCUGGGCAAGGUCUUGUUCGUCGACGAAGCUUACCGUCUGUAUGACCGUGCUGGCUCAGGCGGGUCCUUUUCGGCCGAUGCCGUUGCAGAGAUUAUCGGAGCCCUCACGAGCCCCCGGUUCCAGCAGAAGAUGGUGAUUAUUCUAGCCGGCUAUAGCGAGGGUAUGGAUCGCCUCCUGGACUCGAACCCGGGGCUGCGAAGCCGCUUUACGCGCACGAUGACAUUUCCGAGUCUCGAUGCAACACGGUGCAUUCAGCUCCUGCUGCAAUUGAUGCAGAAUCAGGGGCUUGAUAUCGCGAUGUUGAGAAUGUUUGAAAAGCAUCCCUCAGAGGAUUUAACUAACCUUUUUGCUGCCCUCGUGCGGUGUAAUGGCUGGGGGAAUGCGCGGGACAUUCAUACUCUGAGCGGAUACAUCUUUCGCAUGGUAUUGCUGAACACAGAUGAUGCGAACGAGCCACUAGUGGCGACUAUGGAUCACUUAGAGUCGUCCAUAGGGAAGAUGAUCACUUCUAGAGGUGGACGCCUUCCGGUGAAGGUGCGAUCCAAGCCGGUGAUUGUACCGCCGCCAGGCUGGAAUGGGCGAGAAUGGCUUGAGCGACGUGGAUACAAAUAA